AUGGACAAAUUGAAAUUCCCACUCUGCAAGUAUGACGGAUCCACCGAUCCGGAGGUCCACUGCAACACAUUCGAACAACAGAUGAUGCUGUAUACAGAUUCCGAUGCCAUGUGGUGCAAAGUGUUUCCCUCCACACUGUUGGGAGUGGCGUCCGGGUGGUAUAAGGGACUGCCAAAAGGGUCAGUGUACAAUUACCGGCAAUUAGAAGCAGAGUUCAUGCUCCGGUUUAUCAGUCGGCAGCAGAGAAAGAAAACGUCAGGAGAACUAAUGGCAGUCACCCAAAGGAGCGGGGAGUCCUUGAGAGAUUACCUCACCAGGUUCAACAACGAGUCCACCAGCAUACCAAACUUGCAACAAGAGAUAGCCGUAGUGGCCCUGAUGACAGGAAUGAACCACCGCGAGUUCAAAAAAUAUUUGGGAAGGAAAUCCUUCACGGAUCUGGGAAGCGCACUGGUGAAGACCCAUGAAUACAUUAAAAGCGACGAACUGAUGACAAUCCCAAACCAUUAUCAGUCGGCACCGACUAGAAAUUUCGCACCUAGGCCGGCUCAGCCGGCACAACAACAACAGAGUAGGGGGUUCAGGAAAGAUGACCAGAGGAGAGACCUCCGAGGGAGAGAUCACCAGAAACAGUCAACCAACGCCUACCCCACUUUCCAUGAGUACACCCCAUUGAAUGCCCCAAGAGCCGCAAUCUACAACGUCAACAAAAAUGAAAACUGGAAAAGGCCUCCACCAAUGAGCGACAAACCCAGACCACAGUCGAAGUACUGUGCAUUCCAUGACGACUGUGGGCACUAUACGGAAGAGUGCAGAGAUUUGAAAGAUAACAUCGAAGAUAUGACCAGGAGAGGCUACCUAACACAAUAUAAAGCCCGGCAGGGCAACAACAACCAACAGAAUAACAGCCGGCAGAGCAAUAACACAAACAACAGAUUACCAGCCACCCAAACACCACUCAGAAUAGAACAAAAGGCACCAGAAACCAGCCGCAGCGGAGAGGCUAGAAAUAAUGGCCAGAAAGGGCCGACAGUAUGGGUCAUAUCCGGCGGACCAUGCCAUGGAGAAACAAUCAGUGGAGCAGGUAGGAGCCUGGGCGAGCACCGCCACCUGAUAAACUAUCAUAGCGCCAGAAAAUGGCCAUCACCCCUAGUCAUGCCGAACAUCUCGUUCACCCCUGCUGACUGCCGCGGAAUCAUAUACCCCCACGACAACCCACUGGUUUUGGGCCUCGAAAUAGCGCCAGUAAAAAGAAUACUGGUGAAUGGAGGGAGUUCAGCGAACAUUAUCUUCUGGGAAGCCUUCAUUCAGCUGAAAAUAGACGAAAAGGAACUCACGAGAGUCAACUAUCCGGUGAUAGGAUUCUCCGGAGCCACUGUCUUUCCGGAAGGUAGCAUCAGGCUACCGGUACAAAUCGGAGAAGGUAAAGCCGCAAGGGACCUAAUGGUAGACUUCUUGGUAAUCAAAGUGCCAGUUGCGUACAACGUCAUCGUGGGUCGGCCGUUCAUCCAAGACGCACAGGCAGUAGUGUCGACAUACCAUCUAACCAUGAUAUACAUGUCAAAUUUCGAGAAGGCAGAGAGUAUCCGAGGCAGUCAAGAGUCAGCAAGAUCAUGCUACUUGACGGCAUUAAAAACACCAGGCCGACUGACCCCAUUCAUGAAUAUAACAAGGGAGGCAGCAACGAAAAGACCUGCAAGAGGCCAAGCUCCAAAAUCAGAAGGGGAACAAUCUCUGUUGCCCAAGAAGGAGAAAAGGCAGAAACAUGAGGCACCCAAAAUCGAAAGCAUCGAGAAGGGGGCUACCUUACCCAGGCUAGAGGCCGAAGGAGAAGUGGAGGAAAUUGAGCUGGUGGAAGGAGAGCAGGGCAGAACAGUGAAGAUAGGAACCGACAUUGACCCAGAAUUGCGGGUAAACAUGAUCGGUCUGUUGCGAGAACACGCUGACGUGUUUGCAUUUUCUGCAGAAGAAAUGCCAGGUAUAAGCCCGGAUGUAAUCGAGCACCGACUGAACGUCGACAGAUCAAUAAGGCCGGUAAAGCAAAAGAAAAGAAACUUCUCAACUGAAAAAAAUCAAGCAAUACAGGAGGAGGUAGAAAAACUACUAGCAGCGGGAUUCAUUGAACCAUGCGACUACCCGGAAUGGUUGGCCAACGUCGCGAUGGUUAAAAAAUCCAACGGCUCGUGGAGAAUGUGUGUAGAUUUCACAAACCUGAACAGAGCAUGCCCAAAGGAUUGCUACCCCCUGCCGAGAAUUGACAGACUAGUCGACUCCACAUCCGGCCACGCACUGCUCAGCUUCCUAGACGCAUUUUUCGGAUACCACCAAGUCAGCCUUGCGAAGGCCGACAGGAAAAAAGCAGCGUUCAUCACCAAGGGGGGAGUGUUCAGUUACAAAGCCAUGCCGUUUGGGCUAAAGAACGUCGGGGCAACAUACCAAAAGCGAGUCGACAGAGUAUUUGCAAAACAGAAAGGCCGUAACAUCGAAGUAUACGUAGACGACUCUAUAGUAAAGAGCAGGUUGGAAAACGACCAUGUGGACGACCUUAGAGAAACGUUAGAGACUCUACGUCGGUACCAGAUGAAAUUGAACCCUAAGAAAUGUGUGUUCGGGGUAAAAUCGGGGAAAUUCUUAGGGUUCCUUGUCAGCGAGAGAGGUAUCGACGCAAACCCAGAUAAGGUAGAAGCAAUACUCAGUCUACCUCAGCCAAAAAGCAUCAAGGAUGUACAAAGGCUGACAGGAAAAAUGGCAGCCCUGACAAGAUUCGUUAGCAAGUCGGCAGACAGGUCGAUCCCUUUCUUCAACACUCUUAAGCAGAACGGAAAAUUUCAAUGGGGAGAAACCGAAGAAAGAGCCUUUGAAAAUAUCAAAGAACACCUUUGA